AUGCUUCAUGAUGUAGGAGAUGAGUUUGGAUCGUCAUUCUCGGACUCUGAUGAUGAAGAGGACGAUAUUCCGCUGAAGCUGAGUUCGAGUCAUGUGCAUUUUGUACAUAACGAGGAAGUCUUUUCGAUGUACCGAUGUCUGUUACGACCAGGCGAAACGACUGUCAACUUGGAAAUGUUUGCAAGACCCUUAGAUUGUGCAAUAUUUUUAUUAGCUGGUGGUCACUUUGCUGCUGGUAUAUUCAAGAAUGAUAAAAUGGUUGCACAUAAAGCAUUUCAUCGCUACGUGGUCCGAGCUAAGCAAGGUGGUGUCCAGUCAGCCAAUGAUAAUGCAAAGGGUCCUGCGCGAUCAGCAGGAGCUGCGCUGAGAAGGUACAAUGAACGAGCCCUGUGCGAAGACAUAAUGAAUUUAUUGAAAAUGUGGACGGAGCUUUUAGCGGCCACCCCGCUGAUUUUCAUUCGGUGUGCAAGCUAUCAGAAAGUCAUAUUUCAUGAGAUUGACGAAGGUGGAUUUAGCAGAAGAGAUCCUAGAUUGAGAACAAUACCAUUUGAAACGAAGCGCCCCUUACUUGAUGAAGUGCGAAGAGUAUGGGAACGACUGGGAUCUGUAACAUGUCAAGGCACAGUAGCUGAAUUUACGGCAGAGAGGCUAAUGAAAAAGCAAAGAUUGAAAACAUUGAUGAAGAAGAAACGAACGGAGGAGCAGACGUUUUUUCACAUAGACAAAGGGCAUGAUAAAAGCCCAUCAAAGGAUAAAAAAACUGAUCACCUGAGGCCUAUGCCGCCAAUUGAAGUUAAGGCAAAGGAAGAAGAUAGCUGGCCCAAUAUAGACAAAAAUACCAGGAGAGAAUUGUACGCUAUGAUAAAGGACAACAAUGAGGAAGCCCUUAGUGCACUGGUGGAUGGUCUUAAUGAGAUGGAGAAAAGG